CGGGGGGAUGAGCGGGAACGGCGGGACGCGGCGCCGCAGGAGGGAGUCGCUCACCCCCCGCCCCAGCCGGCCAGCGCUCGCCCCGGCCAGGGUUUCGCAGCAGGGGGAGGAUGCGCGGCGGGCGGCAGGGGUGGGGUCUCUGGGGCUGCAGCUCCCUCUGCUGAUUCGGCUGCCGGCGGGGCCGGGUGCGCUGCGCAGUUGCUGCCGCUCCCCCUCCGCCUCAGCAUCCCCCAUGUCCAGCAUGGCAGCGCAGAUCCUCGCCUUCCUGCUGGCCAUCGCGGGCUGGGUGCUGGUCUCCUCCACGCUGCCCACCGACUACUGGAAGGUCUCCUCCAUCGACGGCACCGUCAUCACCACCGCCACCUUCUGGGCCAACCUCUGGAAGACCUGCGUGACCGACUCCACCGGCGUGUCCAACUGCAAGGACUUCCCCUCCAUGCUGGCGCUGGACGGUUACAUCCAAGCCUGCCGAGGACUCAUGAUUGCUGCUGUCUCUCUUGGAUUCUUUGGCUCCGUCUUCGCUCUCCUUGGGAUGAAGUGUACCAAAGUUGGAGGCUCAGACCAGACAAAAGCUAAAGUCGCUUGUUUAGCUGGGAUGAUUUUCAUACUUUCUGGGUUGUGCUCUAUGACUGGUUGCUCCCUGUAUGCGAACAGAAUUACAUCUGAAUUCUUUGACCCUACCUUUAUUGCACAAAAAUAUGAAUUAGGAGCAGCUUUAUUCAUUGGAUGGGCUGGAGCAUCGCUCUGCAUAAUUGGUGGCAGUAUAUUCUGUUUCUCAAUAGCUGAAAACAGAAAAUCCUCAAGAAUGGGAUACACAUACAAUGGAGCUACAUCUGUGAUGUCUUCUCGGACAAAGGUCCACAAUAGUGCAGCAGAUUUUCUACCACCAAAAGGCCCUCCUAAGCACUUUGACAAGAAUGCUUAUGUUUAAUUGCACUUUUCAAAGAUACAAAGCCAGUUUUCAAAUCAGUUUGUACAGUUCAUUCGCAAAGUGAUUUCCAGAAGAGAACCAGAAUAAUCACCACCAGGUCAAUGAAUUUUUUAAAUGUUAACUUGCAGCCUUUUACAUAUGUAAAUUUUCUUAUACAAUAUUUUAAGAUUUAUGUUGGUGUUAUACAUAAAUUAUAUAUCUGUAAAUCACUUGCUGUUUUUGCUUUCUAUAAAAAAUAAAUAGGAUAUUUACUGAUAACACUAUGUCACCUACUUUAUUUGUAUGAUAUAAAAUGCCCAGUAUCUGAUGCAGUACAUCACAGCAGCGGAAUAAGAGCAAGUUCCUAAAUAGAAUCAGUAUUUGGAGACAGAAGUCAAGUUAUGUGCAGCUUUCACAAGUGAAAAUCAGUUAUUUUACAGCCUGAUUUUCAGAAGUGCAAAGCACUUUGCCUAGGCCCAGUUGAAAUCAACAGGGACUAAGGUGACCAACACUUCUGAAAAUCAUAAUUUGAUAUGAUAGCUGCUUCUUCAAAAUCAAGUCCAAACCUUUGUUGAGAUUUAGACAGGCAGAAUGUCCUUAGUUAAAAUUCUAUAUCUGACGUAAAUCAAUUGGAUCCAUGUAUAUUUUCCUUUUCUCGCUGAGGGUUUUUUCCUAUCUAAGCAGGCAGAUAUUAGUUUCAGCUAGGUGAUUUAUAUUCAAUCCACAAUGAUCUCAUUUCAUGUUAAGUUUACUAAGUAGGGACGUUAACAUGUACUCAUAUACACGGUUAACCAAUAAGCCUUGGCUCAGUGGUUAACCCGCACGGUUACACCCUUUCCCCACUACCUCUAUAUCAGACAGCGGUGGGGGGGAAGUGGUGCACAUGGAGAGCAGCAUGAGGGGCAGGCAGGAGCAGGUGCUCAGGAGAGCUGGCUUAAAAGCCAUCUCCCUGCAAGCACCAUCUCCCCCUACUGUUGCCUCUGAUGGAGAGGCAGCAGCGUGGAGGGGGAAAAGCUGAUACACGUGAAACAAAAUGCAGGACU